AUGCCGUCUGUCCCUCUGUCGCACAAAGAAAGUAACCUCUUUAAGAGAAUUCUGAAAUGUUAUGAACAAAAGCAGUACAAAAAUGGCCUCAAGUUUUGCAAGACGAUCCUUUCCAAUGCAAUGUUUGCAGAGUAUGGAGGUACAUUACCUUUGCAUAUGAAAGGGCUGGCACUAAAUUGUUUAGGAAAGAAAGAGGAAGCGUUUGAAUUUGUCAGGAAAGGACUGCGCAGUGACUUGAAAAGCCAUGUCUGUUUGCACGUUUACGGACUUCUCCUGAGAUCUGAUAAAAAGUACGAUGAGGCCAUUAAAUGUUAUCGCAAUGCUCUUAAACUGGAUAAAGACAACCUGCAGAUCUUGAUGGAUCUGUCACUGCUGCAGAUACAAAUGAGAGACCUGGAGGGAUACAGAGAAACGAGGUACCAGCUCCUGCAGUUACGACCCACACAACGUGCUUCCUGGAUUGGAUAUGCGAUCGCCUACCACUUACUGAAGGACUGUGACACAGCCUUGAGACUACUGGAAGAAUUUAGGAAAACUCAACAGGUUCCUCCCAAUAAAAUAGACUACGAGAGCAGUGAGUUGCUGCUCUACCAGAAUGAAGUCAUGCGAGAAGCCAGUUUGUUUCAAGAGGCUUUAGAGCACAUAGAGACGUAUGAGAAACAGAUGUGUGACAAACUUAAGGUAGAAGAAAUCAAAGGGGACAUGUUGUUAAAGCUGGGAAGGCUGGAAGACGCUGCCAGUGUGUAUCAGGGGCUGAUUGAUCGUAAUGCAGAAAACUGCUCAUACUAUGAAGGCUUGGAAAAGGCUCUCCAGCCCUGCACUGUGGAGAAGAGGCUUCAGAUUUAUGAAGAUGUAGGAAAGAGGCAUCCCAGAGCUGUCUUUCCAAAGAGGCUACCAUUGAACUUUGUAUCAGUUUCCGAUCACAGCAACCUCCCUGAAACUGUGAACAAAGUGCUGUCGCAAGAAAUGAAGAAAAUAUUUGCCAACAAGAGUUUGGAGAGCUUCAAUAAUGAACUGUUGAAGAGCAGAUGCAACUCAAUCACACAUCUGCUGUCAGGUGCAAAGAUGAUGUAUUUCCUGGACAAUUCAAAACAAGAGAAAGCAAUCACGAUAGCCACAAGACUGGACGGUGACUUGACAGACAGAAAUGUAAAGACUUGUACUGAAGUCCUUGAAGCACUGCUUGCUGGGAGUUUUGGAAGCUGCAAUGCUCAGACUGAGGAGUACAGGACAAAGUGCCAUCACCUCUUUCCUCUCGCUUCCAUCUUCAUGUCAUCUUCUAAUGAGACUGACCAAAGCACUGCAGCAAUGAACAAUGCAUACAGUACCCAUGGUGUACUAUCCAAUGAAAUAUAACAUACCCAGGAAUAGCAGUGGAAUGGGGAUGUCCUUGAUCUGCAUCCUGCUGAAUAUAGUUCAGAUUUAAAAGUAAAAUAAUGGGCUGAUGUUAUUUCAUUAUUUUUAAAGACUUUAUCAUUUUUUUUAAUGAUGAAUUACAAGUUCAAGUAUUAGUACUACUGUAUUGGGUUUGUUUUGUUCUCCACAUGAGGUUUAAACUGUUAUAAAAAGGGUUAUCCGUAACUCGCUCAAUCACAAAAUAUAUAGAAGUUCUGUACUAACAGAAACUCUUAAACAUGUUCAGACAUUUUUAUCAAUGUCUUCGUGUUAUAUUGAAGACUGUUUUUACUAAGUUUCUUUUUAAAUCCUUCAGUGUGAAGAUAGUUAGCUUACAAACCUCAUGUUUAUAUUAGUACAAUUCAAAUAAUUACCUUCAAAUCCCAUGAGUACAUUUAGUGCAUAUGUAAGGACCGUAACGUGAUAUAAACAUUGAAUGAGUCCUUAGGGUGCAAAAAAGUGGUCAUUACUUGGAAUUUGAAAUAUAUAGAUUUUGUUAUGAAAUCUAAAGCUGUGCUGUUUGUGGUUUUUUUU